CUGAACUUGUCGCUGGGGAAAUAGUGGGAAGGAAAAAAUACCCAGAUUAAUCAACAAAAGAUCCACUUCUCAAGAAGCUAGAUCUAGCACUAUUUCAUAGUAGAUUUAAAAUAAAUCUUAAUUUGUGUAGAUGUAGAUUUAUGAGUAGGCCUAUAAUAGAAUAUAUAGCAUCUAUUCUAGAUCUGCAUCCAAAUAUCUAGAUCAUGAAUCUAGAAUCAGAUAUAAUGGCACUUUUCUAUUUAGUGAUGACUUUGUUCACAUGGAACAUUGCAGUUGUUUGGGGUUUCCAGUCCCCUGUCGAUCAUACUCGCUACCAGGAAGGUAAAAAACAAUAUGAUAUGAUGCAAUCCCAAUCAGAGAUGCCCAAGUACGGCAACUGCUGGAGAGAGGCUGUGAUGCUCAUACAUUCAGAAUGCAAACAUCUCACUGAUUUAGUUCAGGCACGACUGGCACUGGCUUAUCUCAACUGCUUUUUAGAGAUUCAAGGGCGGACAAGGUACGAGUGCAGUGGAACUUCUGAGAUACAGUCCUGUCUUCAGAACAUGAAUGAUGCUGACCGCAGCUCUUUCACCACUUUCUUUACCCACACCCAAAACAUUUGCUAUUUCCUGCAAGCUCAAGUUUGGCAAGAAGAAACGGAAUACACAAUCAACAAGUUGAGCGUGACCAGCUCUCAGGUGGCUGAUCAACUGGAAACGUCCCAAGUACUUCAGAAGGACAUGCUGGCCUCUCAGAACCAGAGUUUGAAAAAUCAAGAAGAGCUAAUCAACCAGGCUCACAGUUUAAAUGACAUUAUAAUUAACUCGUCUCAUAGCGUCAAAUUUUUAUUUGAAGAUCUUAAGCAAUCUACAAAAGAGCAGCGUCAAAUUAUUGGAGACUUAUUUGACCAGUUGACCAAGCUCCAAAACACUAUCCUAGGAGAAGUGUCUGGAUUCUACUCACUUGUGUACUACAUGGCUUCAAUAUUUGUUUGCUAUAUCUUAUCUUCAACUCCUAGGACUGCAGGCUCCAGAGUUUGGCUGUUCCUUAUCAUGACGUUGAAUGUGCUAACAGAACAGACAAUAAUGAGAUGGAUCAACAAUGUCUACUCUACAAGUGGAGAUAAUGAGUUUCUAUACUGGCUCCAGAAGAUGUGUCGUCGCAUCUCUAUGGCAGUAGCCAUCAUCAGCUGGCUCUUAUGUGCCUACCUGUACAAGGACAUUAAUGCUCUUAACAAUCAGCUGUUGGUGGAAAUCAGAAAACAAAACUCAGACUUGAAGAAACUUUUCACAGGUCAACCUGUGCCACCAAAACCUGAACAAACAAGCACAGUUAACAGGCACACUGAAGAUUCUACAGACAGUGAUUAUACAAGUGAUGUCUCUGAUGAAGAUGACAGUGAUGAUUCUGACAAGACUUUCAUUCUCCCGGAGAAUAGAAAAGAUAAUGAUGAGCUGGCUAGUUGGCUGACAUUACAAGAUUCUGAGCACUUGGAAAAAGAGAAGGCCUCGUUGUUGAUCGAGCUGUCUGAACUUCAGAAAGACACUUCCCUGACAGAUCCUCAUGAAAAGAUUCUUUCUUGGUUGGAUAAAGCUAACACUUCACUGGAGUACAUAGAUUUCAAGCCUUCACCAUUGAGUGUUCCUGUAACUCAAACAACAAAUUCAGGAUCGCCCUACAAUUUACGUCCCAGGAAACAGACUAACAGUCCCAGCAUUAGCCCAGUCACACGUGUGGAAUCUGCCAAAAGUUUUUCUAAGACUGUGUACCAUAUGCAUCAGAUAGCCGAAAAAAACAGUCGUCUGGUCAGGGCAUUGAAUAGCACGUCACCCUGUGCCACAGUUUCUCCUCAAACGUUAGUAUUGGAUGACAGAAGUUGUAAAUCCUCUACAAGCAAUGUCUCUAGUGCCACUAGACGAUCUACAAGACAAUCUAAGUUUUAACAAUGAUUACCAAUAAAAUCAAAAGGCAAAACCCUUAAAAUUCUCAUGUAAAAUGUUUUGUUUUACAUAAUUCGGAUGUUCCUUCAGAGUUGAAGAUAGUUUACUUCCUAGUCCAAACCUCCCGCAGGACGACGGGGGAUGGGAGCGGGCAGGGUUUGAACCCUCGACCGUCGAUAAAUCCGAACGACAGUCCAGCGAGCAAACCGCACGACCAGGCAGCCAUCCAUUAUUGGCAUUUAUGAAGUGAUAUGUGUCACAAGCUGCUAUAUUAACCGUAAGGAGAUUUAAUUUAUUCAUUAUUGCAUUAUAAAUUAUUUUAUGUGUAUUUAUGUAUAUAUAUAUAUUAUUUUAUGUAUAAUUUAAAAUAUUAUUAGAUCUAUAAAAUUUUGUAAUGCAUAGCCUAAACAUUGUAACAUUAUUUUAUGAAGAGAAUUUGUCUUAAUGAUAUUCUGGGAGUUCCAAAAUAAAAAAUCUCUAGUUUUUAUUUUGUAAAACUUUAUUUUGAUACUUUUUAACUAUAUUUUUUUUUAGCUUCUUACUUUCAAUUUGUAUUCUAUUUUUGUAUGUCAUUCUUAAUUGUAAAAAAAAAACUUGCUUUGUCUUUCAAAAUAUUUGUAAAAAUAAAUAAAAGUGUCAUAUUUUGAUGUGAUAUUUUCAAUUGCUCACCUUGUAUUGUUUCUAGCUCUACCCCAUUUAAAGAAAUGUUAAUGGAACUAUUGUCUUUGUAUUUUAGUUUCUUGCACCUUAUUUGUACAGUAGAUGAAUCAAAACAAUAUGUUCUUUAUGACUUGCCUUAUGAAAUAAAAGAAAUGUAAUCUA